AUGUUUAUGUGCGGUUGUUGUCCUUCUGCCAUCGUGGUCCUCCCUGACACACAGUACUAUUCCAAGUACGAGGACAACAUCGACCUCUUUGCGAGGCAGACCAGGUGGAUCGUGGAGCAAGUGCAGGACCCCGCGAGCCCCUGGAACAUCAAGUUUGCCACUCACAUGGGCGACCUCGUGAACGACGGCUGGAACCACGACCAGUGGCGCCGGGCGGAGAGCGCCAUGGCGACACUUGGCCCACGGGGCGGACCCUUCGUGCUGCCAUUCAGCGUGCUGCCAGGCAACCACGACUUCCACAAUAUCGGAAAGAGACCGGGUCCGCCAACUACCUGA